AUGUUCCGAGGAUUUUCCUCGACUUUUCUCACAUACCUUUAUUGUUUUUAUUUGCUUUGUUUUGUUUUUUUUUUUAGUUUAUUUUGCAUUCUUUCUUUUAUCCACUCUCCUUUUUUAUUAUUAUUUUUCUUUCUUUUUAUUGGCACUUCAUCAUCUUCUUCUUCCUUUUUCAUUCUUUCUUUCUUUCCUCUGCUUUUUACGUCUUCUUUUUAUCUGUUGUUAAUUACCAUCAGCUCUUUUUUGAUCAUUUCUUUUUCCUUCCUCGGCCCUUCAUCAGUUUUUCUUCGUGUUACCUAUGACACCUACCUUUCUUUCUUUUUUUCUUUCUUUCUUCAGUACCUACCUUUCUUUCUUUUUUUCUUUCUUUCUUCAGCACCUACCUUUCUUUCUUUUUUUCUUCUUCCUUCCUGGAACUUUCAUCCAUUUUAUUUUAUAUUGCCUACUUUUGAACCUUUCUUUCAUUUUUGUUUAAUUCAUUCUUCGUUUUCUUUGUCUUCAGCACCUUUCUUUCCUUUUUUCUUUCCCUCUUUCUUUCUUUUUUCAGUGCCUAACUUUCCUUUUUUCUUUCCUUUUUUUUUCUUUCUUGAUUCGGCACCUAACUUUCCUUUUUUCUUUCCUUCUUUCUUUCUUUCUUUCUUUCUUCAGCACCUACAUUUUCUUUUUUCUUUCUUUCCUUUUAUUCUUCUUUCUUUCUGUCUUUCUUUCUUUCUUUCUUUCUUUCUUUCUUCAACACCUAACUUUCCUUUUUUCAUUCCUUCCUUCUUUCUUUCUUUCUUUUUUCAUUCAUUCAUUAUUUUUUUUCCUUCCUUGAAUGUUCAUCACACUUACCUUUCCUCUUUUUCUUUCUUUUUCAUUCCUCAAACCUUCAUCACUUUUUUCACAAUACAAUUUUAUUCAUCGGCUCACCGUCAUCUUUUCUUUCUUUUUUCUUUCUUUUUUCUUUCUUUCUUUCUUUCUUUCUUUCUUUCUUUCUUUCUUUCUUUCUUUCUCCAGAUCACCGUAGUCUUCUUCCUCUUUUCAAAUAUGCUUUUCUUUCUUUCUUUCUUUCUUUCUUUCUUUCUUUCUUUCUUUUUUUUCUUUCUUUCUUUCUACUUUGGGUUUUGUUUCUUUCUUUCUUUAUUUCUUUCUUUCUUUCUUUCUUUCUUUCUUUCACCUGAUCACCGUAGUCUUCCUCCUCUUUUCAAAUAUGCUUUUCUUUCUUUCUUUCUUUCUUUCUUUCUUUCUUUCUUUCUUUCUUUCUUUCUACUUUGUGUUUUGUUUCUUUCUUUCUUUCUUUCUUUCUACUUUGUGUUUUGUUUCUUUCUUUCUUUCUUUCUUUCUUUCUUUCUUUCUUUACCGCUCUUAUAUCCUUUUUCUUUUGCUUUUCUUCCUUCCUACAUUUUUGUUUCUCGGUCUCUUUCCUUUUUACCCUUUCUUCUGCAUCUCUCAUCUCUUCUUUUUUCAUCCUCUCCAUACUCACACAUUUUCGAUCUCUCUAAACUCACUUUGUUUUAUAAUAUAGUCUUUAUUUAUUUAUUUCUAACGAAUGACUUUCAAUGUCUUUUUUCUUUCUGUUUUUUCAAUUGUUCUUCGUUUCUUUCAUUUUCUUUCUUUGUUUCUUUGUUUCUUUCUUUCUUUGUUUCUUUCUUUUUUUUUCUGCAGCACGUCAUUUUUCUUUCUUUCUUUCUCUCUUUCUUUCUUUCCUUUUUCUUUCUAAUGAAUGACUUUCAACAUCUUCCUUUUCUCUUCCUGUUUUUUUUUUAG